GCUGCAGCCACAGCUCACGGGGGAGCAGAGGAGGGUCGGGCAGGGGCCGCAGGGGCAGCAUGGCGGCGGGCAGCAGCUCUCCUCCGGGCAGUCGUCCCCCUGCCAGGAAGACUCCUUCCCUCCCUCGUCCCGCCUCACCCUCGCCUCCUCGCCAUGGCCGCCUCCACCCUGUCCCUGUGCUCCAGCGACCUGAGCUACGACAGCCGGGUCUGCCUGCCCGCGUCCUGCGACUCCUGCCCCGAGUCUUCCUGGCAGGGGGACGACUGCCCGGAGGAGAGCUGCUGCCCGCCACCCUGCUGCCCCUGCGGCCCCUGCCCGACCCUCCUCUGCUCCCCCGUGAGCUGUGGCUGCGGCCCCUGCCAGCCGGCCUGCCCCUGCGGCCCCUGCCAGCCCGUGUGCUGUGUGCCCGCCUGCUGCCAGCCUGUGUGCUGCAAGCCUGUGUGCUGUGUGCCCGCCUGCUGCCAGCCUGUGUGCUGCAAGCCCGUGUGCUGUGUGCCCGCCUGCUGCCAGCCCGUGUGCUGCAAGCCCGUGUGCUGUGUGCCCGCCUGCUUCGAGGCCUCCCCCUGCUCAGGCCCCUCGUGCCGCCCGCCCUGCUGCAGCCCCUGCCCGCCCGCCUGCUGUGGGGGGUCCCCCUGCCGGCCCUCGUCCAGCGUGUCCCUGCUGUGCCGCCCUGCGUGCUGUGCCCCCGCGUGCCCGUGCCCGUGCUGCUCCUCCAGCGUGUCCCUGCUGUGCCGGCCCGCCUGCCCCCGCCCCUGCCCCGCCUGCUGUGAGUGAGGCCACCCUGUGGUGCUGAGAGCCGAGCGCCCGCACCGCACCCCCAGAUCCCGCUGGGGUCUGUGCCCCCCCCCCCCGUGCCCUGGGAGCAGCUCACCCGCUCCUGCAGCACCCGCACCCCUGUCCCCGUGCCCUGACCCCAGUGACCCCAGGCUGGGGGGGGGGCUCAGGCCUCUGGUGUCGGCCCCCUUGUGCCCCGGCCAGUCCUGACCCAGGGGGCUGCCCCCUCAGGACGGGGCCCCAUGUCUGCGCUGUGCUGACCGGACCCCCAGCCCCUCCCCGUCACCUGUCCCCCUCUGGUCACUUGUCACCCCAGCAGCCCUCUGACCCCAAUAAACUCCUGGCCACCCGA